AGCUAAAGCUAGCAAUUGGUUGUGCCUUAAUGAUGUGACUCAAUUAUUUUGUUCAGUCAUCCAAACUUACAAACCUACAUAUUCCUAAGCGUACCUACAUAAGCACGUAAACUUUGCUUCCUACUACAUGUACAUGCACCUUACCCAAAGGAAUUAAUUGAAAUUCCUUUUCUAGUUUCUCCACUCCGUUCCUGGUACAAAUCCCAAGACUUUCCGCCUCAUCCACCCCACCGACACCGAAGCUGUAUGCGACAUUUCCCAUAACGCCCUUGCGCCGAUUGACGCUUUGGCCAGAGAAAUAAGCAAGAUGCCCCAGUUCAAUGAACACAGCCCGAUCGAUCGGGAUUCCGCCGUGCCAGAUCCAUCCAGCCCUUCCAUUACCGGCCUUUCCGAUAUUAACGACUCUGUUACCGGCGACGAGAAACAAAGGCGCGAUAAUAGCCGCGACUCGAGGAAGGCCAAAAAGCGAAAGAGAAGAAGAGAACGAGACAACGGGACAUCUGAGGCCAACGGACAUGACGACACACUAAAUAGAAGGAGUAGCAUAAGCAAGGCUGCGCGAGAUCCCAGAGAUGAGCCACCGAAAAAGAAGAAAAAGAGAAAGGCUAAGAGAGAGGGUACCGAGACAAGAUCUCCUAGCCCAUUUAUUGACUUCGACGGCCUAAGCAGACCAAGUCGAGGUACUCGAGAGCGACUAGAGGAAAGCCCUGAGCAAGCAGCCGAGAGAUUCGAGAAGCUGAGAGGAGCUGUUCGGACAAUCCUAGAAUGCGUCGGCGAAGAUCCUGACAGAGAAGGUGUGCUAGAUACACCAGCGAGAUAUGCGAAGGCCAUGUUAUUCUUCACCAAGGGAUACCAACAGAAUGUUAAAGACGUCGUCAACAAUGCUAUUUUCCGCGAGAAUCAUAAUGAGAUGGUUAUCGUAAAGGACAUCGAAUUGUUCAGUCUUUGCGAGCACCAUUUGGUACCAUUCACUGGGAAAAUGCAUAUUGGAUAUAUCCCGAGAAACAAUGUCAUCGGCAUAUCCAAACUGCCUCGCAUUGCUGAGAUGUUCAGUCGUCGGCUACAAGUUCAAGAGCGACUUACGCGAGAGGUUGCCAACGCCAUCAUGGAAGUUUUAAAACCCCAAGGAGUUGCCGUUGUCAUGGAGUCAAGCCAUCUUUGCACUGUCAUGAGAGGGGUCGAAAAGACUACUACCAGCACCAUUACCAGCUGCGUACUUGGAUGCUUCGAGAAAAAAGAAAAGACUAGAAACGAGUUUCUAAACUUGAUUGGACUGAACAGAUCAAUAAGGUAAACUUGGAUGAUGGUAACGUAUCUAUCUAUGCUACAUAUGGGUGCAUUUAAGGCGUUCUGGAUUAACGUAGCGUGGGAUCUCAACAUCAAGCCCGUCGCUGAAGAGGCGAGGGUAAAUGCAUAUGGCACUAGAGUCAAAGCAGGCUCAACGCCUCUGGGAAGAUCAUAUUGGCGUUCAAGGUUUGAUAUUCUUCAACAUUGGCAUUAUCUAGCAUCAACUGCAUAAUUUAUGCAUUCAUUUGCAGCGUUAAUAAAAGGCACAUACCUGA